AUGGAGUUCCCCAAACUCCCCAAGAUCGGGGAUGCUGAGAAGGAGAGCGAGCUGGGAUUUGUCCACGGGGUCUCUGGACCAGUGGUGAUCGCCUGCAAGAUGUCCGGGGCCGCCAUGUAUGAGCUGGUGCGUGUUGGGCACUGUGAGCUGGUGGGCGAGAUCAUCCGCCUGGAGGGAGACCUGGCCACGAUCCAAGUCUACGAGGAGACCUCUGGGGUGUGCGUGGGGGACCCGGUGCUGCGCACAGGGAAGCCGCUCUCGGUGGAGCUCGGCCCGGGCAUCAUGGGCUCCAUCUUUGAUGGGAUCCAGCGCCCCCUGAAGGACAUCACGGAGAUGACCCAGAGCAUCUACAUCCCUCGCGGCAUCAACAUCUCCGCCCUGUCCAGGGAGCGCAAGUGGGACUUCAGCCCCUGCGCCAACAUCCGGGUUGGCAGUCAUUUAACUGGUGGGGAUAUUUACGGCGUGGUUCGUGAAAACUCCCUCAUCAAGCACAUGAUCAUGGUGCCCCCCCGGUCGCGGGGCACCAUCACCCGCAUCGCUCCGGCUGGGAACUACGACGUGUCUGAUGUGGUUCUCGAGCUCGACUUCGAAGGGGUGAAGGAGAAGCUCACGAUGGUGCAGGUGUGGCCCGUCCGGCAGAUCCGGCCCGUCUCAGAGAAGCUCCCGGCCAACCACCCGCUCCUCACCGGCCAGCGGGUCCUGGACGCCCUCUUCCCGUGUGUUCAAGGUGGGACCACGGCCAUCCCCGGAGCCUUCGGCUGCGGCAAGACGGUCAUUUCCCAGUCGCUCUCCAAAUAUUCCAACAGCGACAUCAUCAUCUACGUGGGCUGUGGUGAGCGGGGCAACGAGAUGUCUGAGGUGCUACGGGACUUCCCUGAGCUCACCAUGGAGGUGGAGGGCAAGACCGAGAGCAUCAUGAAGCGCACGUCGCUCGUGGCGAACACAUCCAACAUGCCUGUGGCAGCCCGGGAGGCCUCCAUUUACACGGGGAUCACUCUCUCGGAGUACUUCCGUGACAUGGGGUACCACGUCAGCAUGAUGGCCGACUCCACCUCCCGCUGGGCCGAGGCGCUCCGAGAGAUCUCCGGGCGCUUGGCUGAAAUGCCCGCAGACAGCGGCUACCCCGCGUACCUGGGGGCCCGCCUGGCCUCCUUCUACGAGCGGGCCGGGCGCGUCAAGUGCCUCGGCAGUCCGGCGCGGGAGGGCAGCGUCAGCAUCGUCGGCGCCGUGUCCCCUCCAGGCGGCGACUUCUCGGACCCGGUGACCUCGGCCACCCUGGGGAUCGUGCAGGUCUUCUGGGGCCUGGACAAGAAGCUGGCCCAGCGGAAGCACUUCCCGUCCGUGAACUGGCUGAUCAGCUACAGCAAGUACCUGCGGGCGCUGGACGAGCACUACGAGCGGCUGCACCCCGAGUUCGUCUCGCUGCGCACCAAGGCCAAGGAGAUCCUGCAGGAGGAGGAGGACCUGGCCGAGAUCGUCCAGCUGGUGGGGAAGGCUUCACUCGCGGAAACUGACAAGAUCACCCUCGAGGUGGCCAAGCUGAUCAAGGACGACUUUCUGCAGCAAAACGGCUACUCCUCCUAUGACAGAUUCUGCCCCUUCUACAAGACGGUGGGGAUGCUGCAGAACAUGAUCGCCUUCUAUGAGCUGGCCCGCCACGCGGUGGAGUCCACGGCUCAGUCCGAGCACAAAAUCACGUGGGCCACCAUCCGGGAGAGCCUGGGGAAUAUCAUGUACAAGCUGAGCUCCAUGAAGUUCCAGGACCCGGCAAAGGACGGAGAGGCAAAGAUCAAAGCUUACUACGCUCAGCUUAACGAGGAAAUGCAGAAUGCAUUCCGCAACUUGGAGGACUGAAGGGGGAGCGGAAGCCCCCCAGUGACCUGAAGCAGGAACAGCCUCUUGUGUGGGGGGCACUGUGGGAGCCCCACUUAAAGGUUUCACUCUAAGGGCUCCUUCUUUGUGACUUACGUUGACCAGGCGGCUAACGACCACAUGGCUGCUUACAAGGAGUGUCAUGUCAGUUUUGCCGCAGUUGUAAGAUUUCAAGCACCCCCUCCCCCUGGGUUCAAGCCCCUCUGUCUGAGCCCCCAUUAAUUCCCAU